AUGAAUAACUCUACCGAAACUCUAUUGGCAGCCAGAACUUCAUUGCUAUACCGUGGCAAUGCACUGUUUCAGAUAUCAAUUUGCAUUCUGACGCUGUACUUUUCCGGCAAGGCAUUCAAGGUCCUAUACCGUCGUUCAGUUUUCCAUAUAUCGACUCAUCAACUCCUUUUCAUGAGUAUAGUAUACGCGGACUUUCACGCCAUUAGCUAUGGUUUUCUACAGGCAAUCUCCCUUUACCGUUCCGUGGUCUUCUACGAUGAUCCUGUUAUGAUUAUGUUCACUGGAUAUGAAUGCUAUGCAAUCACGUGGACUGUCGGAGCUGCCAAAAUGCUCAUGAGCUUCAUUCAAACUGCUCUUACUAUUGAAAGAAUUAUUGACAGAAUAAUACCUCUCGUUCCAAAGUUGAAGCCAUUCAAACGUCAAGGAUUGUUCCUGAACGCGUUUGCUCUGACAGCUGGUAUUUCCACAACGAUAUACAGUUAUUCGGAAGGACCAACUGGUUAUAAGCUGGCUUCGUGUUUUAUGCAAAAGGAUAUUCCAUUGGAUAGAGUGCUAUACACCCUUGGCAUGUAUUUUGCCCUUUCUCUUCUAUGCCUUCUUGCCAACCUCACUAUCAUUUUCUCAAUUUUUAAAUCCAGCAAGAAAAGUUUCAAUUUGAAAAUUCGAUUCAAUUUCCAAGAAGUCAAGAAUUCCUCGUUCGCUGUCUCUCUCAUAUCAGUUUUCCAAUUUGUUGCAAUGACAGCUUAUGUGGCUUCUAGUCUUAUUGUUAUCUACUAUAGACGAGAUAUUCCGCACGAGUAUUUUCAUAAUAUUAUCCUGUGCAUCUACACAAUUCCCUAUGGCGGAUUAUGUCUACCACUCAGCGUGAUCUACUGUACCAAGUGGAUUUCUGAUCAUCGAAAGAUACAAAUCGUCCAGAUGACGAAUACGAACAGAACUGAGACGAUGGAUGGAAGGAUGUCCCAGCUCAAAAAUGCGUGGGAUUCUUUGGCUCCAUCGACUCCGACGAAGAAAUACUGA